AUGGGCAGUGCCGACAAACGGGCUCAUCACAACGCGCUGGAGCGCAAGCGCAGGGACCACAUCAAGGACAGCUUCCACAGCCUGCGGGACUCUGUCCCCUCCCUCCAAGGAGAGAAGGCAUCCCGGGCCCAAAUCCUGGACAAAGCCACAGAGUACAUCCAGUACAUGCGCCGGAAAAACCACACGCACCAGCAGGACAUCGAUGACCUCAAGCGGCAGAACGCUCUCCUGGAGCAGCAAGGUGAGCUGGGGGGGCGGGGGAUCCCCCAGGAGCCGGGGCUG